CUAAAUGAAGGCAGGCAGAGAGACACCGAGCCAAACGAAUGACCCGGUCUGAGAGCUCACGUCAGCACCGCUGACACAGCUGUGUGUGUGUGUGUGUGUGUGGCAGCCCACUAAAGCAGGCAGCUGCUGCAAGGACCCGAGCACACACACAACACCAUGGAGUUUAAUUCCUCCGGAGAAUGAAAUUUGUUGUCUCGAUGCGUCUCUGGCGGGGUUUCAGUGAUGAGGUGGCUCCUGUCGUGGAUCCUGUUGGUAACCGGUGGACUUCAUCAGGUAAAACCCUAUCAUAAAAAAUAUCAAAAGAACCCAUGGAAGGAAGAACUAUUUUAUUGGAGUUUAUUUAAUUUCAUAAUAAUGCCACAUACACACUCUGAUGUGACCCUGUGCCCAUGCGCUGGAUUCCAUGCCAGGUCUUAUCCCAAAGUCCCACAGGUAUUCCGGUUGUGAACACAGACCUGGAGGUGUUUAACAGGACACAGUACUGUAAGUGGCCCUGUAAAUGUCCUAAGGUGGCCCCUGUGUGCCCUCUGGGGGUCAGUCUGCUCACAGACGGCUGUGACUGUUGUAAGGCCUGUGCUAAACAGCUGGGAGAAACCUGCAACGAGAGAGACACUUGCGACUAUCAUAAGGGACUGUACUGUGACUACAGCUCUGACAAGCCUAGGUACGAAAAAGGAGUGUGUGCAUUAGGACCUGAAAAACAUGAUACAACAAGGAUAUUAUACAAGGACGUAAUAUUUAGUAUACAGUAUCUUAUUCCAGACUUAAUCCACUUUUACUCUCAUAUUGUCAUGUUGAGUAAAUCUCUGCUGUUGUUUGUGGAUUACUGUGUUUUAGAUCUGGUCGGGACAGGCUGUGAGUAUAAUGGUGUUAUUUACCGUAACGGGCAGACCUUUCAGCCUAGCUGUAAGUACCGCUGUUUGUGUGUAAAUGGGGCAAUUGGGUGUGUGCCUCUAUGCACCGACUCCCUGCCGCCUUGGGGGUGGUGUCGGUUACCGAAACUAGUGAAGAUUCCAGGUCGUUGCUGUGAACAAUGGAUCUGUAAUGAGCCUCGAAAAACACGCAGGACAACCCCAAGACAUGCUGUGGAGGUGUCUCUAAGCACCAAUGAGAUCUGGCACAACAACUGCAUUACCCAAACUACUCCAUGGAGCCCGUGCUCAAAGACAUGUGAUCGGGGCGUCUCCAUGCGUCUAUCCAAUGACAAUGCCCAGUGCAUGAUGGAAAAUGAAAGCCGGCUGUGUAACCUUAGGCCAUGUGACGUGGAUAUAACUAAACAUUUUCGGCCAGGGAAGCAGUGCCUGAACAUCUAUCGUGAGCCUGAAUUUCAGAACUUUACCAUCUCCGGCUGCGUCAGUAAGAAGCCCUACUGGCCCAAAUACUGCGGAGUGUGUUCAGAUGAACGCUGCUGCAUCCCGUACAAGUCAAAGACUAUCGAGGUGGAGUUUGAGUGUCCUAAUGGAGCAGUGUUCACCUGGAAGUACAUGUGGAUCAAUGCAUGCUUCUGCAAUCUCUCCUGCAGAAACCCUAAUGAUAUCUUUGCUGACCUGCAACCUUACUAUGAGCACAAUGAGAUCAUGAACUAACCCUGAGACAACCAAUGACCAUAGAUUUUCCACUUUAUAUUACAGUGUGCUCCACGAGAAUCAAUACUGGCUGAGUGGAUCAGUGAUUAAAAAAUCUAUUCAAUGGGUCAGAGUUAGAAUCUGUUAAUCUUAUGUUUUCGGAUAACACGUAUAUAGGAUUAAGGCACAUUCCUGAGAGGUAUUACUUUGCUGCAUUCAAAUUCUGUGAAAAUACACAAGAAGCACAGGUAUUGCAGAGUAUUUGAUUUAGCAUCAGCAAAACCACAUUCUAUGGUGCAAGAAAAUAUUUAAAAUACUCAGGAGGCAUAUGGAGGAUUUUAUUCCACUUAUUUGGAAUGUGAUUUGGUUGAAAGCUUUUUCCUUUGACAUUUUCCAAUGUGUUAAGGCACAGAGGAGCCAAAGGGCUUAUAUAAUGGAAAUACUGUAUAAAAUGAAUUUGUAUGAAAUUAUCUUACUUACAUAAAAAUAUAUUUAAAAAAAUGUAAUAUUUUUAAGCACACCAUUUUCAUGUACAAGACUUUGUAUGAUAGUUUUUUUUUUGGUAAAUUAUGUUUAUACUAAGUGGCACUUUCUAAUGGAUUAGAGUUGAACAACAUAUUUAGACCUGUAUUUUUUUGUAGCAGGGCCCAUAUGUCACUAUGGUAAAUAUACAGCUAAAUGUCUAAUUAACUUAUUUUCUAUAUUCAAAAUCAAGACGUAUGUGAGAGAAAAGUGUUUUAACAUUUCCUGAUUAAAGAGGCAGAAUAGUAAAAAAACUGGAGUUUUGUGGGCACAUUGGAUAACACCUUAACACGAAAAAUAUUUACUGUGUACACACAACAUACCUUAAUAUAUGACAUUAGAUUCUUUAGAAUUUUUUGUGGAUUUUU